UGCGCGGUGACACUGAGAGGGACAGAAAGGUCAGAAAGGGAGAGAGGGAGCGAGAGAAAGACAGAGUGAGGGAGACAUAAAGAGAGGGAGCGAGAAAAAGACAGAGCGGGGGAGACAGAAGGAGAAGGAGUGAGCGAAAGAGAGCGGGAGACAGAGGGAGCAAACUGAAUGGUGCAUCUAAGAGGAUAACUGGCUGUUUAUUCACUGUGUCUCUGACUCUCCUGCUCUCCCUCCUGUUCUCUCUUACACAUGCGCCUGCGCACACACUCUGACAUACACUUUCAGACUCACACACACAUACAUGCUGACAGUCACCUGCAAAGCCACUGUGCUCAGGUUGGGAAAUGAGUAGGCUUAUAGUUGAGGAGAUGACUCUGAGGAGAAGAGAGUGAAACAGAGGGCACAGCAGGGAGGGAGAGAGAGAGAUAGAGGGAGAGAGAGAAGAGGAGGAGAGGGACAGAUGGAGUCCUUACUGAUGAUGCUAGGGAACGGAGGAACUGAGAACACCGAGCAGCAGUGAAAGAGAGAUGUGAAAGAAAUAAAGGGGAAACAUGGAGCGAUGUAAGAAUGGAACAAACAGAGCAUAGGAAAGAAGAGGAAGAAGCAUAUGAAAAAGAAGAGAGAUAGAGUGAAAAAGAAGAAAGAUAGAGAUGGUGUGUGACUCCUCUGUUCAGUAUUCUGAAGGAUAUUCCCAGCAUCAUUUCACUUCUACCCAAACAGCCCACAACAGAGGGAGAGGAGGAAUGGUCCCAGGAGAGUAGGAAAAGGGACAACAGAUUAUCAGAGGACAGGUGUAAAAGAGCGAUAUAAGGAAUACAUGCAGUGGAGUUACUGUCACCUCAGGAACCUGGGCUAUCCUGUUAUCCAGCUAAAUGAGUGGAAGAUGAGUCACUGAGAAGAGGUAUCGGAAGAGAAAAAAAGAGAGAGAAAGAGAGAGAGAAAAUGUGAGAAAGCAAAACAGGAAUAUAGAACAUCAUGGGGAGUCACACAAUGUCAUCCCACUCCUUAGCAAUCCAAUCUCCCUCCCCAUGGGACAAUAGUGGGUUGGAAAGGCAAGCCUGCAGAUUCAUUGAUGGGAAGGAUGGACAAAGUGUAUUCAGGGGAGUCAUGCCUAUUUGUCGGUAGGUACCGUGCCCCCGUCACGAUCUUCUGGGACAUUAUUAAGACUAAGUUGGAGCUGACUGUACAGUAUCCAGGAGUCAUGCAACAGAACUGUGUGCCCCGUUCUCACACUCACCGCUCUUUUUGGGGUCUUCACACUUAUUUAAUGUGAAAUGUCCUCUUUUAGAAGAAGAUUUUGUAUGAGGGAGAUCUGAGCCAUGCUUUAAGUUGGCACUUGCUCCCAUGUUUAACGUGCUGAUAUCAAUUAUACAUUUAAUGUGGCUAUAUAGAACAGAUCUAUAAGGAAAUCAGGACUCUAUGUGGACUAGUACCAUAAAUAAAUGAAGUUCUGUGGACUAAGAGAAUCCGGUUCACCCUGAAGACUUAUUUUAUGAAGUCCAGGAUACAGUUCUCUCUAUCUGUAGUUUGAGCAAAGUACAGACCACCUGGCUUUGGUUACAUCUCUCAGGAAGUCAGAUAUCCAGAGCAACACACACACACCUGAGGAAGGACUAGUCCAUUGGAGUGCUGCAGAAGGGGGAUGACAGGACAAACAGCACUGCAGUGUGACAGUUAUUUCCAAUCAUCUCCAUGAUCACUCAAACCAACAAGCUACAGCUGUCUCCCCAGAUCUGCUUGUUGAUGGCACUCCAGCUCAACAAAUCCGAUAACACCGAUAAUCCAUUGUCAUAGAGAAUAAAUAAUAGUCAACAGACAAAUUGCAAAUAUAAUUACUCUCUGAAAGAGGAUUUCAUCACAUCAAACGGCCUGCAGAGACUGUGGAUGUCGGGGGAAAGAACAAGACACCACAGGAGACAUGGUGAGCAAAGAGACUAAUCACUUGGUCACUGGCCAACACACCAACAGCAAGACCACCGACAAGCUGCCUGGCACCAUGACAGUGCGCUCAGUGCUGCUGAACCGCGACUCGCCGGAUAUCGAGAGCCGCUUAAAGCGCCGCCGCAACCGCACCCAGCAGGUCCGCUUCAAAGACCUGGAGGAUGGACUAGGCAGCGGGACCACUGGAGCCAAGAGCUACCAGAAGACUGCCACUGAGUGUGACAGCCCCCACCCCUUCCGGAAGAACAGCCCCACAAGCCCCAUGGCCCCCCAAGGAUGGCUUACGGAGGCCUCGGUGGUGGGGGCAGUCCGAGGGGACAUGGCAGACACCAUUGAGGUGGUGGCGGCAUUUUUGGCUCGGGCGCCCCCUCACCCGCUAACCCCAGGGCCCACGCGCCGCUGCUGGGCACCACCACCAUCACCCCCACUGCCGUACUCACUCACGCUGCCCCUCUCCCGGAGGCAGUGCACUAGCAUGGCCAUCCAGACCUCCCCCCGCCUCCAGAAGCCCAAGCCCUCCGUGCUCUCAAAUGUCCGCAGCGUUGGGGACUCGGUGGGGGUGGAUGGGGACGACAAACAGGACAACGAACAUGAUGAGUACUACACUACCCACAACUACCUUUCAGAGCCUGCAUCCAGAGAUGGAAACGGCCCUGGGUUUAAGGCUAAGCAGGGAUUGGUGAACCAAACCCAGUGCCUCAGGAAUAGUGAGGCUAAAGCUAGCUCCCUUGCUGUUGGGAAUCACAUGGACUCUUCCUGGCAUAACUCUUCUUGUUUUUCCCCUCCUAAAUGCCAGGGGAGUGCAACUCCGUCCCAAGUGAGGAGGAGAAGGCGCAUAAACAAUGCAAUCAGUGACCCAGGAAGGGAGGUGUCCGACUGUACCACUCCAACACAGAUGGAGAGUCCCUGUGUCUCCCCUCCUAACACCCCACCUCCCUUGACAGUGCAGCCCUGCACCUGCCCACCUCCCUCGACUGUGGGUCCAUCCACCUCCUCACCUCCCUCGACUGUGGGACCCUCCACCUCCCCACUUCCCUCGACUGUGGGACCCUCCACCUCCCCACCUCUCUUGACUGAGCAGGCCUGCACCACGCAAACAAAAGCUGACAGUCCCUCCACCUGCCCACCUCUCUCGACUGUGGGACCCUCCACCUCCCCACCUCCCUCGACUGUGGAACCCUCCACCUCCCCACCUCCCUCGACUGUGGAACCCUCCACCUCCCCAUCUCCCUCAACUGUGGGACCCUCCACCUACACACCUCCCUUGUCUGUGCAGGCCUGCACCACCCAAACACAAACUGACUGUCCCUCCACCUUCCCACCUCCCUCGACUGUGGGAUCCUCCACAUCCCCAUCUCCCUCUGCUGUGGGACCCUCCACCUACCCACCUCCCUUGUCUGUGCAGGCUUGCACCACCCAACCACAAACUGACUGUCCCUCCACCUUCCCACCUCCCUCGACUUUGAGACCCUCUAUCUCCUCACCUCCUACUGUGCCCUCCACCUCCAAAUCUCAGACUGUGCUUCACUAUGCCUCCUUACCUAAAACUGUGCUAACCUCCACCCAUCCACGUUGUGAAAUUCCCCCUCUGGUGGUUCUGCCUUGCAUCUCCCAGAAUGAGUCCACCUGUACAUCUCCCCCCAGAAAAUCUGUGCUUCCUCUGACUGUGCUUCCAUCUAAAGCUCAAACCACUCCACAUCACACUACACAAACUGAACCUGUUCCACCCUGUACCUCCCUGAUUCAAAUCAAACUAACAUGCACCACCACAACUACAACCAAAGCCUCAAUUCAAAAUUGGCCCACCCAAUCACCAACUCCAAUGAUAGAUCCGGACACAGCCCCAAAUUGCCUCGACCCAAAACAAACUCAUGUUCUAGCCCCCUACAUUGCCCAAUUUUGCCCCACUCCAACUCCAACAAUAGCCCCCUACUCAGCCCCAUCUUUCUCCACCACCUCGACUCCAACUCCAACUAUAGCCCCCUACUCAGCCCCAUCUUUCUCCACCACCUCGACUCCAACUCCAACGAUAGCCCCCUACUCAGCUCCAACAUUCUCUGCCACCCCGACUCCAACUCCAACGAUCGACCCCUACUCAGCUCCAACAUUCUCUGCCACCCCGACUCCAACUCCAAUGAUAGCCCUCUACUCAGCUCCAACUUUCUCCACCUCCCCAAAUCCAACUCCGACGAUAGCCCCCUACUCAGCUCCAACUUUCUCCACCACCCCGACAAUAGCCCCCUACUCAGCCCCGACUUGCCACACCACUCCAACUAUAGCCCCCUGCACCAUCCUAACACAAACUGCCCCACCCUGCUCCUCCUUAAAUAAAGCAGCAAUCUACUGCACCUCUCCACCUCCAACUGUGACAUUGUGCCACCCAACAACCCAAACCGUCCCUCCCUACAUCUCCUUAAUUCAGACCAUACCACCUGGGAACCCCCCAUGUCAGACUAUACCACCUGGGAACUCCCCAUGUCAGACCAUACCCCCUGUGAACCCACCAUGUCAGACCAUACUCCCUGGGAACCCUCCAUGUCAGACCAUACCACCUGGGAACCCCCCAUGUCAGACCAUACCACCCUGCUUCUCCCAACCUCCAGUAGUUCCUUCCUACUCUGCCCACAUUCAAAUCCAAACUAUAAAAUACUGCUCCUCUCCCUCUCCCAUCGUAAAAAGCUGCAACUCCCCACCUCCAAUGGUAAAAUCCUACCAUACACUUCCAACGGGUCCAUCUUGCGCCACACCCACAAAAACUGUGCCCCUCUAUGCUUCCACAUUUCGGCCUGCGCCCCCCUACACCCCCCCACCUCAGGCCCAACACUGCAGCACUCAGGACAGGAGGGUGAUAGAGUGGGAGUGUAGAGGGGAGAGAAGGAUACUUCCACCGCCACCCCCGCCACCUCCCCCAUACACCCCACGCAAAGAGGGGGUGAGCUGUACCUCAGGCCCAGGCCACCGGGCGCCCCUACUCAGGCGAGCGAGUGAGAAGGAGAAGUCAGGGAGAUCAGGGUCACCUGUGCACUGUCCCCGAGCCUGUUCUCUGAAACACAGAGCUCAAACACCCCCGGAGGUCCCUCUGAAGGGGAACCAGGGGGACCAUGGUUCCUCGCCAACCAAGGCCGUCCCCAGACCCACCUGCCUGGGCCAGGCUCAGGCUCAGCUGGGGGCUCAGAUUGGUGCCCUCCAUAAGAUACUCUGCUCUGGGCCCAACAUCCCCAACAGCCAGCACGCUUUCCCCCCCGGCCAGUACCCCUCCGGGGGCUGCUCUGGCUCUGGAGGGGGCUCCUCGGUCAGGCCCCUGACCUCCAUCCAGGCAGACACACUGAGGCAGGUGCAGGAAAUCUUGGGGGGGCUGGUGUCAGGGGCCAGGAGUAAACUGGAUCCCACCUGGGUGGCAGAGAAACUGAUGGGCCCCAAUGGGCCCCUGCACGACAUCCGCAGCCUGCAGACCCAGCUGCACAGCCUGGAAGGGGUCUUGGAGACCAGUCAGAAUACCAUCAAGGUACUGCUGGACGUUAUUCAGGACCUGGAGAAGAAGGAGGCUGAGAGAGAUGGGAGACACUCCUACCGGACAGGCCAAGACAUAGAGAACUGUGGUACGUGUAGAGACUGUGCCUGCAUCAUAUACAGUGUGGAGCAUGACUUCCGACUGCAGGAGGGGGCAGUGACCCGCACGUGGAGGGUAGAGGACCCUCCGGAGGUUUCCCUCCUGCCCACUGUGACCCCUCAGCCCACCACGCCACACCGCCAGGAAACACCCCUGCCGGUGACACUGGCACGCCCCCCUCACAGCGGCAAGAAAAGCAGGAAGAAGUGCUUCUGGUUCUUGUGAACUUUAAACUUUGGAGGGAGGGUGGGAUAGGGAAGGACACAAUGAAUAAGGCCACUCCUUCUUAAGAUUGUGAAGGACGGAGAUGGAUACAGUACUUUACAUGCUUCCUCUAUAGACUGUGAGGGUCUGAAUGGUAGUGUGUGAAGUGUGCAGCCCUGAUGUGGAUGGAGAGAGAGAAAGAAAAUGGAAGCUCAAAACAAGUGUGAGAAGAAGCAGUAAACAAGAGAGUUUAAAGGAGAUAUAAAAGAGGUAUAAAAUAGAUAUAAAAUAUAAAUAAAAGAGGUAGAAAGAGAAAUCAAACAUAAAUAACAGAGGUAUAAAAGAAACAUAAAAGUAGUUAAAGGACCUAGAAGAACCGUAGUGUGUAGAUGAAUGGAAUCUGUGCUGUUCCUGGUGUUGGAACUUUAUAGAGUGAAGAGUGAAACGAACAUGCUUGUGUUGUAGUUGCACCUCAAUAAAUGCCUCUUCAGCACUUGUGGUCAGUUUUAAGUGCAUGGAGGGAGGUACUGUAAAGGCAAUUGUUGAAGUGAAAGUGUAGAAGAUGAAAAUAAAGGGUAAGGACAAAAUGAAGGUUAAGAAAGUGAGGAGGUAUAAAAGGUUAGGGCAUGGUGGGAUUAAAAAAGAGCGUAAAAGAAUGAGUGUACAGAGAGAAGAGUGGAAGGAUCCAUCCGCAUCACUAAUGGACAAAUGAUGGUUAGAACACCAGCUUUUAUACCCUGAGACGUUUCAACAAAUAAAUUAUUAUGAUGACCCUUAUUCAAAACUUUUAAUAGAAUUGAUUAUACAAAAACCACACACAUACAUACAACAAGACAGGCUGAGAAAGGCACCAGGAGGAAAAGUGAGGGGGAAAAAACAUAUUAAAGUGUACAUAAAACACAGUUCUACUGGUUGAAUUGCUAUAUUUCAGAUACGGAUUACUGCUCUAUAAAGUAUUUUACAACAACGUGUUUGGGAAUAUUGUCAUUAAUGCUGUCAUUGAUUUUUACAAGAUUAAGUCUUGUGAUGAGUCACAAGUUGGUAUAGCUUGUUAGCAGUGCUUUUUGUCGCC